GGUGGCCCUGACAGUGUGUAGUACUCCCUCCGCUUUUCGCGGAUUCGUCCGUGCGCCCUUCUGUCUCCUACUGGUGCGAUGUGCAGGUAUACACGUUCCAACCAUGAAUCAUGCAUCGAGAUGAGACCAAAUUGAAAAUGACAUCAAAAGGUGUGCAUGAACACAGAGAUAUUUACCAAGUCUGAAGUGCGACAGAAACGCGUGCAAAUGUUUCAACAGAACUUAUAUGUAUUCCUGGAAAACAUCAAGUGACGUUACAUGACUUUAGUCACAAUUUUACCUCACGUUACGUAACACCAAGAUUAAAAGAGGCAGAAAGGAUUUUGUUAUUUGAAAAGUGACGAUUUAGAACUCAAAUAAACAUCAUACGAACACGUGAAUCCACACAUAUCAUAAAACUGUCUAUACUUAAGUUUUUUGUACGUCGUGGGAACGUAGAGGAAAUCAGAGGAACUUCAGAAUUCCCGAUCGAUUCACAACACUCGAAGAAAGGCGCAACUCGAGGAAGAGAUAAGGUCAAAAUGUGGGCCAACUUUUCAUCUCUUUAAUCUCCAAGAGAUCCUGAGAGACAGAGAGAGAGAUAAUAUUUCGACCAUGAACUAACACAAACCACAAACAACGCCACGGGUGAUGUUGGUCCGAAGCAGCGCGGUGUGGGCAUGGGUCUGGGUAUGGGCGUGCAUGGGCGUGAGGGGGGCGAUAGCAGCCUGUACCAUGGCGGAGUUUCCUUGUCGCAACAAACAGUGCGUCAGCUUAGACAGGUACUGCGACGGUGUGGAAGACUGUGAGGACGGGACGGAUGAACCAAACAGCUGUUCUCCCUGCAACAGGACGUACUACGGGCGAGUCGGCUGGACCUACACCGUGCAGGUCAACAAGCCCGUCAGGGGUACGUUGCCCCACUUUUGCCAGCUGACGUUCGUGGCGUCCGGGGAUAUCUACGGGGACCUCGUCCAGCUCACUAUACACAAGUUCAGUCUCGGCAGGUUCCUGUCCCACUCGACAGCUGGUUGUCCAGACGGGUACAUGCAGAUUGAGGAGCUGAGCAGGCCACUCAACGCAGGCUACUGGUGUGGAGACUCCUGGGGCCACAAUGUUUACUACUCAGAAACAUCAGCAGUCACCGUCAUGCUCCGAGUCUUCAACCAGCUGGAGGACGAGGCUCCCAUCAACCCUGGUGCCUUCUCCCCACAGGAUGCCAUCAUGCUAAAGUUAACUUACCGUUUCCUGAAAAAGGAGAAGGCCAUCCUGAGAUACGGCGCUCCUUACAAUCCUAGUUACCGUGGGGAAGAUGUGCCCAACUCUUUCUGUGAUAAGUAUUUUGAAAACUGCGACAAAAAAAACUGCAAGAUUCAGUCCCCCAAUUUCCCGGGGAUGUACCCUCGCAAUCUUACUUGCUAUUACCAUAUCAGACAAUCCCGGGUCCCCGAUGGGAAGCUGGCGCUGAUUCGUAUUUACCAACGCAAUCCUCAUCUCAUAUACAUCAAGGAUCGAAAUGCACCCCAUCUCAAAAAGGAAAGGAAAAUGCGCAUUGGGAGUGACUGUCACGUCCUCAACGAUCACCUCAUGGCUUUUGAUGGCAACAGCACCCGAGGAGCAGUUCUCGCAACUCUCUGUAAAGGAGGAGCUCCUCUCACUGGGAUAACAUCGAGUGGGCCAGAUCUCCUCUUACUUUUCAAGGCUUCGCCCUUCGAUUAUCCAUUUCAGGAUUCGCCGAGACGCAGAAUAUUUGGUUUUGAGCUGGACGUAGGAGUGGACUUUAUUGACCGUGAAUCAACAGCUUACAUACGCCGCGGUACCCCUUGUGCAUACGUUGUAAGCAGUCAGGGUCAAAGAAGUGGGUAUUUACAGGCACCGGCCCACUCCCUCCUGCCAAACACUACAUGCACAUGGAGGCUGUUAGCAGGAAGCACAGAGGUAGUUUGGCUUUACUUCCUACAUUACCGUCACGUAAUCCAUCCAGAGAUGCCGCCACCUGCGCAGUGUUCAAAUACGCUUACUAUUAUGGAUGGCGAUACGACACCAACGCCUACAAGUUAUGAUGGGCUUCAUUACAAUGAACCACCCUCAUUCAUGAUAGAUAACAGAAUGGAUAGCCUCCUGAUAAGCAAUGGAAGUGCUACUCCCUCAUUAAUAGGAAGAUUCUGCAAGCCUGAUCGUUUACCCAGAGUGUGUAGCGGAAUUCAUGCUCCUGGUCCACACGCUGCACCUUGCUCACCUGUAGACAGUUAUGUGUCUGUUUUACCAGCACUAACGCUUACUUUAAGAUACGCUGCUGGAACAGCUCCUGCUCAUGUAGAAUUUCUCGCUCGCUAUGAAUUUGUUGAUAAACGGCAGUGGGGAGACCCUACGCCGGGAGGGGGCCCCUGUGAUAGAAUGUUUACUUUACGACCAGACCGGCUCUUUGCAUCACCCAGGGACGUGUUCUUGUUUGGCAGGGGAGGUGCAAAGCGCUUGCAAUGCAUUUAUACAUUCGUUGCAGAGCCACAUCAGAGAAUACGGCUCAGAAUCAUUAGGUCACGAAUGGGAUUCAAGUGCAGCACAGUUUAUCAUGAUUCGUCACAUCGUUAUGAAUGUUCAUACAAUGGGAAUCAGGUCAACCAGCCAGCUAUCUGGAUCAGAGAAGAGCCAUGGGAAGGUAUCACUCUUACAAGGGCCUGUCUAUGUAACAUCUCUCAUAGCCAUGCAUUUAGUAUGGUUUCUUAUACUAAUCAAGUCCAGGUUGUUCUCAGCAUUCCCUUCAUGACAGCCUCACACGACUACACAGAUUUCUUCUUUGAAGGAGAAUAUAACAUCAUCGACGGCGGAAGGAGUAGAGGGCUGUGUGACAAUUCAGAGCGACGCGUAUCAGGCCGUUACGGGAACUUCUCCGUUGGCUUUCAGCGAAGCGAUCCCUGCGCAUCUCUGCCUCGUCUGAUAACGGCCUCUGAUGGGUCAUUUCUGUUCUUAAGAGUCCGUGGCUACAGUGCGUCAGAAGCGGAAUGCGCCAUAGACUCUCGCAUUAAUGUUUACACUGCUGGGGGGCUAACGCCUGUAGCAUCCAUUUGUCCAGAGAAUGGCCACUUCACGUACGUUUUCAGUAAUGGAUGGAGAAUAUUAGGAGAUUCAAAAUACUCAUUGUUUGGGGACUCCGACAGCAACUCUGAUGGAAUGCAUCAACGCCAUCCUCAAGAAAAGCAACGUCAAACACGUGACCUGUUAGUCGAGUACAUUGGAAGCAACGUAUCUCGCAGGUUUGAUGUAAUGUGGGUGGGAGUGUGGAGGCCCUUGGAAACAGCCCCACUUUCUCCCCUGGGAGCAGAUCUGUGUCCACACAGAUGUCCAGAGAUCAAAGCAUGUCUUCCACCAGAGUUGUGGUGCGAUGGAGAACCACACUGUCCGUCGGGUUUAGACGAGGGUGCAUCAGCGUGCGGCCUUUUGGCUGCUCUUCCUUGGGUGUACUUGGCAGCUGGCAUCAUCCUCUUCAUGUCGCUGAUGGCUCUACUCGUCGCAGUGGUUAUGCAUCGCAGACGGAUAGACAUCGUGAAGGAGGAAGUGGAGACCGAAGUGGUGGAGAACAAUACCCACAGUGUUAAAAGCAUGACGGAGGAUUUACUCCUACCGCCCGAAAAGGAGUCCUGGUGACAACGCGCCCCAUCCACAGACGUGUGUGUUGACUACGAAACCACAGUGUAGAUACCAUAUAAAUCUUCCUUCCCAGUUCUUCCAUUACACGGUGCUUGUUUCAAAGAGCACUCAUAGUCCAAGCUUAUUUUAAAAAUGCCACCACUGAUUGAUGUGAUGUCUUGACGAAGGCAAAUUGCUACUGGCUGGACGCUAACUACUUUAUGGGGGAGGUUUUUCAUUUCGGGUGAUUUGUUCCUAAGCACCAAAGGUAAACCAUCAAAGUUAAUGUGAUAUCAAAAGGUAACUUGUAAAAUCAUUCAGGAAAAAAACAAACUCUUGUCUUCAAAAUAAAGGUCAACUUUCCACAGUGAUUCAAGAAGGGGAUGUGAUACUUCAUAUUCUAUUAGACAGCAAUAACAAUAUCAAUUUAUAAGCAAAUAAUUCAGAGAGAUAUGUGAAGAUAAGUGUGAUCUUUUUGCAAAGAGAAGUACAUCCAUUAUCGAACCCGGGAACAAAUCACUUGUAUGUAACACAGUGUGAUAAAAACGCAGUGGAUGGGGUUGGUAUUUUUGUGACAAACACUUCGCUUUUAUAAUGAUGUAAAUAUGUACAUAGGGAUUUGUUACAACAUAACACUGGUUACAAGCACUUGUUAAAGAAAAUUUAAUAAAAUGUCUCGAGACUGA